GAUGCACCGCGCCAGCCCAGUCCCCAGUGGGCCGCCAUGUUGUCGGAGUGAAAGGUAAGGGGGAGCGAGAGCGCCGGAGACAGAAGAUCGGGGGGCUGAAAUCCAUCUUCAUCCUACCGCUCCGCCCGUGUUGGUGGAAUGAGCGUUGCAUGUGUCUUGAAGAGAAAAGCAGUGCUUUGGCAGGACUCUUUCAGCCCCCACCUGAAACAUCACCCUCAAGAACCAGCUAAUCCCAACAUGCCUGUUGUUUUGACAUCUGGAACAGGGUCGCAAGCGCAGCCACAACCAGCUGCAAAUCAGGCUCUUGCAGCUGGGACACACUCCAGCCCUGUCCCAGGAUCCAUAGGAGUUGCAGGCCGUUCCCAGGACGACGCUAUGGUGGACUACUUCUUUCAGAGGCAGCAUGGUGAGCAGCUUGGGGGAGGAGGAAGUGGUGGAGGCGGCUAUAAUAAUAGCAAACAUCGAUGGCCUACUGGGGAUAACAUUCAUGCAGAGCAUCAGGUACGUUCUAUGGAUGAACUGAAUCAUGAUUUUCAAGCACUUGCUCUGGAGGGAAGAGCGAUGGGAGAGCAGCUCUUGCCAGGUAAAAAGUUUUGGGAAACAGAUGAAUCCAGCAAAGAUGGACCAAAAGGAAUAUUCCUGGGUGAUCAAUGGCGAGACAGUGCCUGGGGAACAUCAGAUCAUUCAGUUUCCCAGCCAAUCAUGGUGCAGAGAAGACCUGGUCAGAGUUUCCAUGUGAACAGUGAGGUCAAUUCUGUACUGUCCCCACGAUCGGAGAGUGGGGGACUAGGCGUUAGCAUGGUGGAGUAUGUGUUGAGCUCAUCCCCGGGCGAUUCCUGUCUAAGAAAAGGAGGAUUUGGCCCAAGGGAUGCAGACAGUGAUGAAAACGACAAAGGUGAAAAGAAGAACAAGGGUACGUUUGAUGGAGAUAAGCUAGGAGAUUUGAAGGAGGAGGGUGAUGUGAUGGACAAGACCAAUGGUUUACCAGUGCAGAAUGGGAUUGACGCAGACGUCAAAGAUUUUAGCCGUACCCCUGGUAAUUGCCAGAACUCUGCUAAUGAAGUGGAUCUUCUGGGUCCAAACCAGAAUGGUUCUGAGGGCUUAGCCCAGCUGACCAGCACCAAUGGUGCCAAGCCUGUGGAGGAUUUCUCCAACAUGGAGUCCCAGAGUGUCCCCUUGGACCCCAUGGAACAUGUGGGCAUGGAGCCUCUUCAGUUUGAUUAUUCAGGCACGCAGGUACCUGUGGACUCAGCAGCAGCAACUGUGGGACUUUUUGACUACAAUUCUCAACAACAGCUGUUCCAAAGACCUAACGCGCUUGCUGUCCAGCAGUUGACAGCUGCUCAGCAGCAGCAGUACGCACUAGCAGCUGCUCAUCAGCCUCACAUUGGUAUGUUUUCAGCAGGUUUAGCGCCCGCUGCAUUUGUCCCCAACCCAUACAUCAUCAGUGCUGCUCCCCCAGGGACAGACCCAUACACAGCUGGACUGGCUGCAGCAGCGACACUAGGCCCGGCUGUGGUCCCUCACCAGUAUUAUGGAGUUACUCCCUGGGGAGUCUACCCUGCCAGUCUUUUCCAGCAGCAAGCCGCUGCUGCCGCUGCAGCAUCUAGCUCUGCUAAUCAGCAGACUACCCCACAGGCUCAGCAAGGGCAGCAACAGCUGCCUGCUAAGCACCAUUCUCAGAUCACUUCAGGCUCUUGCAAGUGGCUUGCCACCAAAGGGGAGGUUCUCCGUGGAGGAGCCAGUCAGCGUCCUUUGACCCCAAAUCAGAAUCAGCAGGGACAGCAAACAGAUCCACUGGUGGCAGCUGCAGCAGUGAAUUCUGCCCUUGCAUUUGGACAAGGACUGGCUGCAGGCAUGCCAGGUUAUCCUGUCUUGGCUCCUGCUGCUUACUAUGACCAAACCGGUGCCCUCGUGGUAAAUGCAGGGGCGAGAAAUGGUCUUGGAGCUCCUGUUCGACUUGUAGCUCCUGCUCCAGUCAUCAUUAGUUCCUCAGCUGCUCAAGCAGCUGUCGCAGCGGCUGCAGCUUCAGCAAAUGGAGCAGCCACUGGUCUUGCUGGAACAACAAAUGGACCGUUUCGCCCUUUAGGAACCCAGCAGCCUCAGCCACAGCCCCAGCAGCAGCCUAAUAACAACCUUGCAUCCAGCUCUUUCUAUGGCAACAACUCUCUGAGCAGCAAUUCACAGAGCAGCUCCCUCUUCUCCCAGGGCUCUGCCCAGCCUGCCAACACAUCCUUGGGAUUUGGAAGUAGCAGUUCUCUCGGCGCCACCCUGGGAUCAGCUCUCGGAGGGUUUGGAACAGCAGUUGCAAACUCCAACACUGGCAGUGGCUCCCGCCGUGACUCCCUGACUGGCAGCAGUGAGCUUUAUAAGAGGACAUCGAGCAGCUUGACCCCCAUUGGACACAGUUUUUAUAACGGCCUUAGCUUUUCCUCCUCUCCUGGACCCGUGGGCAUGCCUCUCCCUAGUCAGGGACCAGGACAUUCACAGACACCACCUCCUUCCCUCUCUUCACAUGGAUCCUCUUCAAGCUUAAACCUGGGAGGACUCACAAACGGCAGUGGAAGAUACAUCUCUGCUGCUCCAGGCGCUGAAGCCAAGUACCGAGCGAACAGUGCCUCCAGCCUCUUCAGCCCCAGCAGCACCCUUUUUUCUUCCUCCCGUUUGCGAUAUGGAAUGUCUGAUGUCAUGCCCUCAGGCAGGAGCAGACUUUUGGAAGAUUUUCGAAAUAAUCGGUAUCCCAAUUUGCAACUACGGGAAAUUGCUGGGCAUAUAAUGGAAUUUUCCCAAGAUCAGCAUGGGUCCAGAUUCAUUCAGCUGAAACUAGAGCGUGCCACACCAGCUGAGCGCCAGCUUGUCUUCAAUGAAAUCCUCCAGGCUGCUUACCAGCUAAUGGUAGAUGUGUUUGGAAAUUAUGUCAUUCAGAAGUUCUUUGAAUUUGGCAGCCUUGAACAGAAGCUGGCUUUGGCAGAACGGAUUCGAGGCCAUGUCCUGUCAUUGGCGCUGCAGAUGUAUGGCUGCCGUGUUAUCCAGAAAGCUCUUGAAUUUAUUCCCGCAGACCAGCAGGUAAUUAAUGAGAUGGUUCGGGAACUAGAUGGCCAUGUCCUGAAGUGUGUGAAAGACCAGAAUGGCAAUCACGUGGUUCAGAAAUGCAUUGAAUGUGUGCAGCCCCAGUCUCUGCAGUUUAUCAUCGAUGCGUUCAAAGGACAGGUAUUUGCUUUGUCUACGCAUCCCUAUGGUUGCCGAGUAAUUCAGAGGAUCCUGGAACACUGUCUCCCUGACCAGACACUUCCUAUUUUAGAGGAGCUUCACCAGCAUACAGAGCAACUUGUACAGGAUCAAUAUGGAAAUUAUGUAAUCCAGCAUGUAUUGGAGCAUGGUCGUCCAGAAGAUAAAAGCAAAAUUGUAGCAGAAAUCCGAGGCAAUGUACUUGUGUUGAGUCAGCACAAAUUUGCAAGCAAUGUCGUGGAGAAGUGUGUCACUCAUGCCUCACGUACGGAGCGUGCUGUGCUCAUUGAUGAGGUGUGCACCAUGAACGACGGUCCCCACAGUGCCUUAUACACCAUGAUGAAGGACCAGUAUGCCAAUUACGUGGUCCAGAAGAUGAUCGAUGUGGCAGAGCCAGCCCAGCGAAAAAUUGUCAUGCAUAAGAUCCGACCCCACAUCGCGACUCUUCGCAAGUACACCUAUGGCAAGCACAUUCUGGCCAAGCUGGAGAAAUACUACAUGAAGAAUGGCGUUGACUUAGGGCCCAUCUGUGGCCCCCCUAAUGGUAUUAUCUGAGGCAGUGUCCCCCAUGCCCCUAUUCCUACUGACCUCAAUGGCCCACUGGUGAAGCCAACCAGCAACCAGAAAUGUUCUAGUACCGAGUCUGAAGUGGGUAGUGAUUGCUCCGGGAUGACCCCCUCCAAAAAAAGGAAUCAAAUUCACAAGUGGAAAAGCCUUUGUAAAUUUGUUGAAUUUUACUACGCAUAACAUGUACUAAUUAUUUUUUUUAAUUGACUAAUUGCCCUGCUGUUUUACUGGUGUAUAGGAUACUUGUACAUAGGUAACCAAUGUACAUGGGAGGCCACAUAUUUUAUUCAUUGUUGUAUCUAUAUUCCACGUGUGGAAACUUUCGGGGUGGUUGGUUUAACAAAAAAAGUUUAAAAAAAAAAAAAAAAGAAAAAAAGGUUUUUAACUCAUUUGCCUUGCUGGCAAGUUUUGCAAAUAGCUCUUCCCCCCUCCUCAUUUUAGUAAAAAACAAAAACAAAAUAAAAAAACCUAGAAGUUUGAAUAUUAGUUAAAUGACCCCAAAUCGGCAUUUAACACUGUUUAUAAAAAUAUAUAUAUAUACAAUGGAAAACAUUUCAGAGUUGCUAAAGCUCUGGUUUAUGACAUUAAGUUUAUGAAACUUCUAAAAAUUGCUUUUUUUGGAGACUCUAUUAUGCUAACAAAGAUAGUCUAUCUUUUGAGGAGGAAACGUGAGCACCCAGACUGUCUGUCAAGGCUUGGCGGGUGUAAUUGUUUACUGCCUACUGGAUUUUUUUCUGUUAACAUUGAAAGGCAAAAUCUGAUUAUUUAGCAUGAGAAAAAAAAUCCAACUCUGCUUUUGGUCUUGCUUCUAUAAAUAUAUAGUGUAUACUUGGUGUAGACUUUGCAUAUAUACAAAUUUGUAGUAUUUUCUUGUUUUGAUGUCUAAUCUGUAUCUAUAAUGUACCCUAGUAGUCGAACAUACUUUUGAUUGUACAAUUGUACAUUUGUAUACCUGUAAUGUAAAUGUGGAGAAGUUUGAAUCAACAUAAACGUUUUUUGGUAAGAAAAGAUUAGCCAGCCCUGUGCAUUCAGUGUAUAUUCACACCUUUUAUGGUCGUAGCAUAUAGUGUUGUAUAUUGUAAAUUGUAAUUUCAACCAGAAGUAAAUUUUUUUUUCUUUUGAAGGAAUAAAUGUUCUUUAUACAGCCUAGUUAAUGUUUAAAAAGAAAAAAAUUAGGUUGGUUUUUAUUUGUCAUCUAGUCGUACAGUAGUGAGAUUCUUUCUAAAUGUAAUUCAAGAUGAUUCAGUUCACGCUUGUGUUUUUUUUUAUCCUUAAAAAAAAGCAAUGUUUUGCUUAUUUUGUGACAGUCAAAAGGAUGUGCAAAAGUUCAGCCCUGCCCUAGCUUUCCUUACAGUCGGAGCCCCUCCCUCUCCCCUUGUAAAGUGUGAAUUGCCCUUUUUGUACAGAAAAUGAACUGUAUUUUGCAUUUUGUCUACUUGUAAGUGAAUGUAACAUACUGUCAAAUUUCCUUGUUUGAAUAUAGACUUGUAACACUACACGGUGUACAUUUCCAGAGCCUUGUGUAUAUUUCCAAUGAACUUUUUUGCAAGCACACUUGUAACCAUAUGUGUAUAAUUAACAAACCUGUGUAUGCUUAUGCCUGGGCAACUAUUUUUUGUAACUCUUGUGUAGAUUGUCUCUAAACAAUGUGUGACCUUUAUUUUAAAAAAUACAGAACUUUGGAAUCUGG